AAUUGCGCUCACAAUACCAAAUAAAAUUUUAUUAAGCCAUUCUUGGUCCGUUAAAAGUGUUUACAAUUGAAGUAACGGCGGAUUAACCGAUACGGUACAUUUACCAUACGUAUUUGACUAAGAUAGAGAGAGAGAGAGCAACUUAGGAGGAGACGGAGAAGACUGGAGGACAUUAAGCGAUGCAGACGACAAUACAUCACAAAAUGGCGAAAGAGAUAAUCAAGCAAUAUGGUACUGUCUUCUUGGCGAUUGUUUUAUUUUGUGUAAAGGGAUGUUGGACACUAAAGGAGAUGAGAAUCGGUGUGCCGGAAGCUGCACUAUCUGGUGACACGGUGACUUUGGCCUGCGAAUACAAUCUCGAGGAAGUCGCUUUAUACUCCAUCAAAUGGUAUUGGAACGACGAGGAAUUUUAUAGAUACGUUCCCAAAGAAUCGCCGCCCUUCAGGGCUUUCACCGUGACGUUCGCCGACUUCAAUGUUGACAUUGUACGAUCAGGUCCGACAGAAGUGACACUGCGAAAUAUAAGUAGGGAAAUGACAGGUGACUACAAGUGUGAAGUUUCAGCUGACGCUCCUCUUUUUCACACGGAUAUUCAGUCUGCGCAUAUGACUGUAAUAGAUCCACCGAAAAGCAAUCCUAGGUUGAUAAUAGAGGAGCCUCCCGAACCAACGAUAAAAAUCGAGAUUGGAAAGAGCGUAAGGGCAGGGUGCUCUGCCCCCUGGGGGCCCACCAGCCAGCUUCCGCCGAACAUCACGUGGUUUCUUAACGACGAACAGAUAAAACCUGAUCAUCCAACUGCUCAAAUACUACCAACAAAAACAGAGUUCAACAGAACUGCUCAACAAAAAGUAUCGAUAUCUAAACUCGAAAUGACGACCACCAAAUCACAUUUUGCGAGGGGAUUACUAAAGAUCAAAUGCAAAGUGUCGUUCUAUUCGAUAUGGAAUAAAACGAUGGAGAUGUUUUUUAAGGAAGAUUCGCCACAGUUGGCGUCAGUGCUAGGAUCUACGUCUUCGCAGAGUCAUACAGAUCAAGUUAUAGAAAUUAUAACCAGUUCUUCUUGCAGAAGCAUUAGUGUAAGCAAAGUUUUAUUUUUGUUCAUAGUUACGACAAUAUUUAUAAGGUAAUGUUUAGUUUUAGACAAACAAUUGUAGAUUCGAAGCGUGCCUAAUAUUAUAUUUGUUAAAACGUUGUAAAGUUAUUUAAGUGAUUCGUAAUAAUUCAAUCAAAAUUAAUAAUUUUUUAAAUCUAGAAUGUAAUGACGUUAGGUUUCUUUUAGAAAGUUAAACAUAUUAAGACUUCUGAUUUAAAUUGCAUUAAAUAUGUUUUCGUAUAUACACAUAAGGAAAACAGGCUGUUUAAAAUUUGUUUUCCUAGUGACAGAACAGAUACUAUAAAAGCUUUCUCUAAAGUUUUCUUAAUGUUUAUUAAAAGUGUAAUUGAUCAAAUUGGAAACACUGUCAAACCGAAGAAGACGAUACAAAAUGGCUGAGAGCAACCAAAGGUCCAAAACAUAUAUAACAAUAACAACUUCCAAGCAUAUAAUCUUCUUUGUGGAAGCUUGUAUAACACGUUUGUUAUUACCAUUUCUUUUUCUUCGACAAAUUCGACCAACUUCUCUCCUCUAGCGACCAAUAUCCAGAGGAGAGAAAGGACAAAAAAUAUUAUAGUAUCCAAUAAUAGACCAAUCUAGGAUCAUUUCCCUUACUCUAUCUUGGUACUGAUGUUGCUGGGAAGGGGAAAUUUGGUAAUUAGGUGGGUUGAUUAAAUUGGAAAUACUGUCAAACCGAAGAAUAUGAUACAAGAUGGCUGAGAACGACCAAAGAUCCAAGAAAUAUAUAAUAUUAAGAACUUACAAGUAUAUAAUCUUCAUUGUAGAAGCUUGUAUAACACGUUUGUUAUUACCAUUUGUCUAAUCUUCGGGCUCAGUGGAGGAUGAUCAGCUGUUAUUGAAACACCAAUAGCACUUAGAAAAUUUAUUGAUAGCGACUGACACCAGGGAAGUAGAACCAACCCCGGGAGAACGUAGUUGUACUGAUAUGUGGCUCGUACGCGAAUUAGUUUUAGUCUGUCUCUCUAGCUGAGAUAUCAUAGUUUUAUAGAAGCUAAAUUUGGGUCAUCGUUGACACGAAAACCCCGUGUUUCGUACAUCUAACAAAGGUAAUUAGUUUUACUUUCGUCAGCGAUUUUGUAUCAUUUCCAAAUUAUAUUGUUUACGAUUAGUAAAUUAUUAUCGAAAAUUAGUAGUCCAUAUGUGUAAAUAUAAUAACAAAUUAUUUCAUGUGAUCUACGGGGUGAUAAAAUUAUUCUGUUUAAUACCGGAUAUUAAUUCUGAAUAUUUGGUAUUGAACACCAUUUCUUUUUCUUUGACAAAUUCGACCAACCUCUCUCCUCUAGUGACCAAUCUCCAGAGGAGAGAAAGGAUAAAAAAUAUUAUAGCAUCCAAUAAUAGACCAAUCUAGGAUCAUUUCCCUUACGCUCUAUCUUAGUACUGAUGUUGCUGGGAAGGGGUAGUUUGGUAAUUAGGUAGGAGAAUAGUUCUAGGACAUACUUUAUUUAUCCAAGGUACCAGUGGAUUGGGAGAUAAUUAUGUCUCACUGGGACAGGGUCAGAUCCCUGAAGUAGAUCUAUCUUCUACUAGAAACGUAAGAGAAUAUCUACCCGCUACCCGUGAUUCUGGUUUAAUCCCAUAUAUAAUAAUAUUUAAAAAAAAAUGAGAGAACACACAAAUUUAGCAAUACAUAGUCAUAUAAUACAAAACGUUGUGCAAUAUAUAGGAUAUACUAUACUUGGUGCAGGACAUAAAAAGAUGGAAUCAAUUAGAAGUGGCCUAUAUCCAAAUGUCAAUGUAUGAAUGUUGACGAAGAGAUAGAGAGAAAGAGAUGAUAAAUUAAAAACAAUAGCUAUAACCAAGAAAUCAACAAACAAUCUGAGAAUAAAUAGAAAUGAAAUGAGUAAUAUUUAAUGUGAGUUUAAACUAGGAACUCAGAAAUUAGAAACAGAAGAGUGACUAACUGAAAAAAAAAACGCAGAAAAAAACAGCGAAAAACUAAAACGAUGCCUAUAUCUAGCAGUGGAUUGAAGAGGGAUAGAAGAAGGGUUACCGUCACUAUAUUUUUGAAUAGAUAAUGCUCCGAGUCAGUCAGAGAUUUCUUGUUGCUCUGUUUAUUCCAAAAGAAACACUGUAAACUUUUGGGUUUUUCAAUGAAAUAAAGAUAUUUAAAUUUGCGUCGAAUGAAGACAUUUUGGUUUCGACGCUAUAAGAAAACAAUGGCUUACAUAACGUAUAACAUGGAGUUCCAUCAAAACGAAAAUAAUUUUUAAACAGUUCAACAACUUAACAUAUACGAAAACAUAAUAUUGGUUUUAAUAUAUUUAAAUAAGACUACUAAUUGAAUCCCUAAAAGUUUUAAACUUUAUUCAAUUUAAUAUUUUACCAUGAUUUCCCCAAAUAGUAGGCAAUAAUUUAGGCAAAGAACCUUAUGCCAAUCUGUUAACACUAUAAAAUACAAAUUUAAUUAUUUUUGUGUUAUAAGUAGACUAUCGUGACAAUAUUGAGUUGUCUGUUUGAAUGAUGCAAAUAUAAAUUUUGCCUCAAAAAUUAAUUAGCUCCAAGGGAUAAGGUAAAAUGUAUAAGAAACGUUUAGGCAAAAAUGAUUUUUUUCACUUUUUAUGAUUAUUAUAAAACAAAGCAACAUCAAUACGUAAUCUGUACGUAUUCAAGGUUUUGUUAUCAGCUAUCACUCAUACACCAUUUAGAACCUUCGAAAACCUUUAUAAAACGGCCUAGAGACGUUCAGAUCCUUGUUGGGGUGAGCUCUACACACGGUUCUUAGACAUUUACUACGGUUGUCUACUCCGACUGUGGUGGGAAGAUUUAAAUGUUUGACUUACGCCACAAGAGUACACAAGCCCAUUUUUAAAUUUGUUGCAGUACGGUAAUAAUGAUCUUCGAUCUUUGAAUGUGUAAUAUUGUGUAUGUAUGUGUUUUAUUUAUGUUAUUAUUUAUCUUAUAUAUCCAAGUUUACUUCAUAUUUUUGUAUUUGAAAUUUUGGUGUUUCCCGUAAAAACUUAUUUUGAAUUAUCCAUGAAAAGUUAUUUAUUAUAGUUGUACAUGGUCCCUAUUGUAGGAGUUUAAAUAAAAUAAAUUUUAUGUACCAAGUUAGUAAAGUUACUCGUUAUCGAACGAGUCUGAUAUGAGCAGAGCGAGCAUAGCGUGCGAGGCGAAUAAGAGACAAGUUCGAUAAAGAGUCUUUACUGACGUGGUGCGUACAAAAUUUUAUCACCAACAAUUUGAUAUUGGUUUUAACACUUACUUACAAUUUACAAUUUAAUAAUUUUUUAAAUAUUUAGACGUACUAAAAAUUUAAUGACAGUGACAGAUGACCUUUGCAUGAUGGCCGCUUUCGAUUUUUAAUUGAUAGUUA